UCAUCUCCACUGACCUUCAGCGCCAGUCCUCGUCACUGCCACUGACACCAACCUUCACACCCCCAACAACAUUUCAACACGCACGCACGUCACAACAUGUCUGGACACGGAAAAGGUGGCAAGGGUCUCGGCAAAGGUGGUGCUAAACAUCACCGUAAGAUUCUUUGCUACAACAUCCAAGGUAUCAUGAAACCCGCUAUCCGUCGUCUCACUCGCCGUGGCGGUGUAAAGCGUAUCUCUGGUCUCAUCUAUGAAGAAACCUGUGGUGUCCUCAAGAUCUUCCUUGAGAACAUUAUCCGGGAAUCCGUCACCUACACUGAGCACGGGGAUACUAUUUUGGAUCACAUUUAG